UAGUUGCAGUAAUUACAUGAGCAGGCGUAUGUGAGUGAAGAGAAUGCGGGCGUUAGGCGAUGCCGUUGGAUACGUUUAGGGUACAGAGUUACAAACAGCUUUCACUGCCACAAUGUCAACCUCUACCUCUUCGCAGCAGUUGCUAAGGCUUAAUUCUUCUCUUAGUAGGAUAGACACUGAUGGGAAUGUGGUACGACCUCAACCUGCAUUACUGAAGCUCCUGCGUACCGCAGGGGCAAAAGGAGACACAUUUACCAUAAAACAGGUUAUGCAUUACUUGGGACAGUACAUAAUGGUUAAACAACUGUAUGACAAGCAGCAGCAACAUAUCGUUCACUGUGGAACUGAUGAACUCGGAGAGUUAUUAGGCAUUACAAACUUUUCUGUGAAGGACCCCAGUCCUUUGUAUGAAAUGUUGAAGAAGAACUUGUAUAGAGUAUCUCACACAGAUGCUGCCCAGAUUUCCUCAAGAGACCAAAGACAGGACUCGGGCGGUUUGGAGCAUCACAAGAAUCCUGAUGAAAAUAAAUUGGUAGAGAUGGAUGAAACAAUUUUAUCUUCUUCACUUCGCAAGCGCCUUGCAGAAGAUAAUGAAAAUCCUGCCGUUUGCAAACAAGCUCGUCUGGACCUCUCAUUUGAAGAAUGGGAUGGUGCUGGACUGCCUUGGUGGUUUUUGGGAAAUCUCAGGUCGAAUUAUAACCCUUUAAGUAAUGGAUCUACGGAUAUUCCAUCAAAUCAGGAUAUAGAUACUGCCCUUGUUUCGGAUACAACAGAUGAUUUAUGGUUCUUAAAUGAAAAUCGGUCAGAUCAAAUCAAUGUGGAGGUAAAAAUGGAACACAUGGAGUCGCAAGAUAGUGAAGACGAGGAUGUAAGGGAAGAUGAGAGUAAAAAGGUAUUUGAGCUUACAAUUUACGAAGACGAUUUAGAGGACACACAGAGCCUGAGUGAUGACACAGAUACAGAUAUUGGAUCUGAGGACUGCUGGCAGUGCACAAACUGCCAUAAAUGUAACUCUCCGGGAAAACGCUACUGCUUCCGCUGCUGGGCUUUACGCAAGGACUGGUUUGCAGAUUGCCCCCGUCUCGUACAUGCCCUCUCGACACCGGCACUUCCAGCUAAGGCUAGUUCCCAAGAAACCAACAAUGCUGUUGACAUUCCUGAUUGCCGUAGAACAAUGUCUGCCCCAAUGGUUAGAGGUAAAGGACCUGAAAGUGUGUCACAGUUUUUGGAGCCAUUAGACCUGACAUCUAACAUUAGAAGCCUUUCGGAAAGUACUGACACACUUUUCAGCUGUCAGUCUGAGGAAACUUCACUGGAGUCUACCCAACCUCUUUUGGAGCCUUGCACGCUCUGCCAGCAACGUCCACGGAAUGGAAAUGUGGUACAUGGUCGUACAGCUCACCUGGUGACAUGCUUUCACUGUGCACGUAGUUUGCAGAAGACUCGUAUGGGAUGUCCGGUGUGCAAAAAACCCAUACAGAUGGUGGUAAAAACAUAUGUGGCAUAGCUAGUGGAAGGACCACAUUGUCCUAUUUCUUUCUGAGGUGAUGUCAGAUGAGGCUCUUGAAGUCUCGUCUUUUGC